AUGGAUUCCUUAAGACUAAUAGUGUUGUUUUCAUUUUCUUGUAUUCUUCUAGCCUCACUGAGUAUUGCUCAACCAGAUUUCUUGUACCAGUCUUGCAGAAACAUCGAAAACAACUACACAGCUAACAGCACUUUCCAAAAGAACCUUGACAGCCUCCUUUCUUCUCUGGCCUCCAAUACCCAAAUUGACUACGGAUAUUAUAAUUUCUCUGCUGGUCAAAUAGGCCCGGACCAAGUACAUGCAAUUGCACUUUGUAGAGGAGAUAUUUUGCUGAAUGAGUGUCGAGGUUGCGUUAGUAACUCUGUGCGUAAGAUCUUACAGGUUUGUCCUAACCAGAAAGAGGCGAUAGGAAUUUAUGAUUUCUGUAUUCUACGAUACUCCAACAGAUCCUCGUUUGGUGUCUUAGACGAAGAGUUUAUUGUGUACACUUGGAACACAGAAAAUGCCUCGCAUGUGAAUCUAUUCAGUCAGGCACUUGUAAACUUAACAAGUCGACUUCGUACAGCUGCAGCUUCAGGUACUUCACUUCUAAAGUUUGCGACAGGAAAUCAAACGGCGGGAAUCAUUACAAUAUUUGGACUCGUUCAAUGCAUGCCUGAUUUAUCAGCCCAUGAUUGUGAUGAUUGCCUGGCUGGGACUUUUCAACAGAUUCGAAGCUGUUGUGAUGGACAGAUCGAAGGAAAGAUUGGAGGGAGAAUUGUAAGAGGAAGCUGCUAUUUAAGGUUUGAAACCUACCCUUUUUAUAGAGUUACAGCCGCCACAUUAGCACAGCUACCACUUCCGCCAGCUGCAGAGAAUGGCAAUACAACUCGGAAAGUUGUAAUCAUCAUUGUUUCCGUAUUAAUCUUCAUGGCAGUUAUAGUUAUCACUUCCAUCUUUCUUUAUUGUAGGCGGCCAAAGCAAGAGGUCAAAAAUUUCAAAGAAAAUGGAGGCAAUGAAUGCGUGCAAUUCAGAUUUGCAUCCAUCAGAGUUGCAACACAUAACUUCUCUGAUGAUAAUAAGCUUGGACAAGGUGGCUUUGGUGCUGUUUAUAAGGGUCUGCUUCAAGAUGGACAAGCAAUAACUGUAAGGAGACUAGCAAGAAAUUCUGCACAAGGAGAAGUUGAAUUUAAGAACGAGGUCCUGUUAGUGGCAAGGCUUCAGCAUAGGAAUCUAGUAAGACUCCUUGGUUUCUGCUUGGAAGGAACAGAAAAGCUUCUAGUGUAUGAGUUUCUGCCUAAUUCAAGUCUCGAUCAAUUCUUAUUUGAUCCAAGCAAGCGAUCGCUCAUUGAUUGGGAAAUACGCUACCAGAUCAUAGUAGGCAUUGCUCGAGGAGUUCUCUACCUUCACCAAGAUUCUCAGCUUCGGGUUAUUCAUCGUGAUCUAAAAGCUAGCAACAUUUUGUUAGAUGAUGAAAUGAAUGCUAAAAUCUCGGAUUUUGGCAUGGCAAAGCUAUUUCAAAUGGAUCAAACGCAAGACGCCACAAGUAGAAUUGUGGGGACCUUGGGCUACAUGGCUCCAGAAUAUGCGAUGCAUGGAUGCUUCUCAGCGAAGUCAGAUGUUUUUAGCUUCGGUGUGCUAGUUUUCGAGAUUAUUAGCGGUCGUCAAAAUGGUUCAUUCAAUAGCGAGGAAGAGCAAGAAUACCUUCUCACCAACGCAUGGGAGAGUUGGAAUGAAGGAAGAACAUUAAAUCUGAUAGAUCCUAUUCUCAAAAGGGUUGUUUCAAGGAGAGAUGUAUUGAUAAGAUGUUUCCACAUGGGAUUACUAUGUGUCCAAGAAAAGGUAGCAGAUAGACCAACCAUGGCUUCAGUUAUUCUGAUGCUUAGCAGCGACUCUUUCGUUCUUCCAUUACCAUCAAGACCUCCAUAUUGUAUGCACUCCGCUAUGGAGGAACAAGAAACAUCAAGGCCGACACAAGAUAUUCCCUCCUCUAGAGAACAACCAAUAUCAACAUCAAGUUCAUUGACUAAUCAUGAAUCAUAUCCAUCAGAUCAAUCUGGAAUUGGCCAUCUCGAAUCCUCCAUUAAUGAGAUUUCAAAUCCUUAGUUCUCCUUACUCAUCGUUUUCUGUCUUCUUCCAGCAGUCACACAUAAAGGUAUUUUAUGCAAUGUUGUCCAAAAUUCAUUGAUUGAACCAGAGAUUAUUGAUCCGUUUA